AUGGUCGACGCUGAGAAGAAGGACAAUGCCGACCACCUCGAGCACCCCGGCGAAGGUCAGGCCCAACUUGCCAACCUUGGAAACCAAGAGGAGCACGAGCUCGGGAAGUUUGAGUCUUUGAAGAAGUACCCGAAAGCGUCCUUCUGGUGUAUCUACGCCGUAUGGUGCGUCCUGGUUCUGGCGUUUGAGAAUCAGGCAGGCGGCAGCAUCUUGAGUAUUCCAGAAUUCCGAAAGGACUUUGGUCACGAGUUUGAAGGUUCCUAUGUCUUGGAUACGAAAUGGCAGUCCGCUUUCAAUGGCGCACCCAUCGCUUCACAUGUGCUAACCAUGUUUACUUCAUACAGAGCCGUUGUGGGUGCGUUAGGUAGCGGUCCUCUCGCAGACAUCUUUGGACGAAAGAAGGUCAUUGGCCUCGCGUUGGCAUUCUCCAUUACCGGUAUCACUCUCGAAUUCGUCGCAACCACAAAUGAACUCUUCUUCGGCGGCAAGUUCAUCAAUGGUUUUGCUAUCGGUGCACUAUCAACCGUGGCUGUCACAUAUAUCGGAGAGAUCACUCCCCUCGCCCUCCGUGGUCUCUUCACCUGCCUCUCAGCCCUAUCAUACACACUCGGACCCCUGGUCGUUGCAGUCAUCGUCAACGAGACCGGUACUAUGAACAGCCGUUGGGCGUACCGUGCUGUCUUCUGUGCCCAGUAUGGCUUUGCUGCCAUCGCCGCCAUCUUUUUGCCCUUCAUGCCCGAGAGUCCUUGGUACCUAGCUAUGAAGGAGAAGGAUGAACAGGCACUCAAAAGUCUGAGCAAGCUAGGACAUUCUGGGGAUGAAGGCCGUGUCAGGCUGGCUGUCAUUCACCAGACACUGGAACAGGUUAGCAAGGAAACCGCAGGCGCCAGCUACCUUGAGUGUUUCCGCAAGUCGAACUUGAGACGUACCAUUAUCAGCAUCUCGCCUCUUUGCAUCCAGUCCCUGUCGGGAAUCACCUUUGCUGCCUCUUACUUCACGUAUUACAUGCAGCUGGCUGGUUAUAGCACCGCCGACAGCUUCAAGCUCCAAAUCGUCCAGCAAAUCUGUUCUCUCAUUGGAAACGUCAUGUCAUGGUACUUGGUUGACAAGGUUGGACGCCGCCCUUUGACCGUGUACGGGCUCGCAUUCUUGACUGUGAUCCUCCUCAUCACCGGUGGUCUAGCCCUUCCCGGAACACUCUCCUUCAACAGGGGCACUGUCGCACUUUUGAUGAUGUACUGCUGGUGGUACAACGUCACGAUCGGCGCGACCGCGUACACGAUCCUCGCCGAGGUCUCAACUUCGAGACUUCGCAUCAAGACCAUCGCCCUCGGUCUUGCUUUGCAGAACGCGCUCACGACCAUGUGGAACUUUGUCCUGCCGUACCUGUUCAACCCUGACCAGCUGAACCUUGGCGCCAAGUUGGCGUUCAUCUUUGGCGGCUUGGCUGUCAUUUCGUUGGUGCACUUGUGGUACAACUUGCCCGAGACAGCGGGAAGAACGUACGAGGAGUUGGAUGAGAUGUUUAUGAAGAAGAUCCCGGCUCGCAAGUUUAAGGACUACACUACCGAGGUUACUGUACGAGGAGAGGCUGUUAAGACGGCUAUGGAGAAGGAGAAUAACUUCUAA